AUGGAGAUGGAAGAUAUGAGUCUCGAAGUGGCUGAGAAGGAUACAGCAGCGGAAAUCGCAGCUGAAGCGGCGGUGGCCGACCCGGCAAACCGACCAGCAAAACGCUCGUCGAAUACACGAACAUGCCAGCCAUGUCGAUUGAGAAAGGUCAAAUGUCUAAUCGGCGACGGGACCUCAUGCGCCAAUUGUGAACGGUUGGGAUUUACUUGCUCCUUCGCGGAUACGUCGCCACAAGGAGACGGAGACAAUGCGGCUCAAGUGACUCUGCCACGAAGGCGCGUAAGGCUCGCCUGCAUUAACUGCCACUCAAGAAAGGCGCGCUGCAGCGGCGACACGCCAACAUGUGCACGAUGCCAGACUCAAGGCAUCGAAUGUGUUUACCGGCCCACAAAGAGAUCCGGAGGUGCUAUGACCGGACAGGCGGGAAUUUCAGAUCAUGAUUCGGUCUCAUCGGAACCACCAGAGAAGAGGAGAAUGACCAAUGAGGACGCCUGUUCAAGAAAUACCAGGGUCGGGGUAAACGAUCAGGCAAACUUUGGUGGAGGUUACGGCUCAUGGCCUCCAACUCACGAAUCAAACGUUACCUUUCCAGAUGAAACCAUCAUCGCGCGGACAUUCAACAACUUCUUCCGCCAUAUACACCAUGUCCCAGUCUUUUCUUUUCUGCAUCGCGCAUCUCUCAUGCAAAGAUAUCAUGCUGGGAUGAUGGAUAAGCCUUUACUGCUUGCUCUGGUUGGCAUCACAUCGCUACUCACAGAUUUGGGCCCGGGUAUGAGAGAGUAUGGAACAAAGUGUAUUGACGAGUGUCAGAGGAUGAUAUUGGCGGACUUGGAAAACCCUUCAACAAUCAAAAUCCAAGCUCUGGUUUUCAUAAUGAAACAUCGGAUGCUCAAUCGCCGCUUCACUGCUGCCUUCAUGCUGGCAUCUCUAGCUGGGCGAUUUGCGUAUGCGCUUCGCCUUAACUAUGAAAACCCGAGCUUGUGUUUUCUGGCUAGAGAAUCACGGAGAAGAUUGAUGUGGGCAUUUCUGACCAUCGACUCGGGAAUCAAUGGAGGCUAUCCCGACUUUACGAUUCUGCCGUCGGAGGCACUGCAUAUCCAGCUGCCUUGCAACGAGCGGAACUUUGAAUUCGAUCUUCCUCAAGUCACAGGACACCUGACGCCGAUUCCGACGACGCCUUUUCCCGAUGAUGUAGGGUCAUUGGCACUUCACGUGCGCUUGCUUUGGAUCAGGAGCAGAAUCCUGUAUCGCACGAAAAAUAUCGUUGCGACACCCGAACCAGAACUUGCCGAGUUGCCUCGACUUGUGGAUGCGCUUGCGCAAGAGUUGAAACUCUUUAACGAACAACUUCCGGCUUCAUUCCGGUUUUCGGAGAGCAAUUUGCGAUUACGCGCAUACUCUCCCCGACUGUGUGUCUUCAUCAUGAUGCAUAUCUGGUUCCAUCAGUGCUACUGCGAUCUAUACCGCAUAGUCAUGACGGGCUUGAAGGAAGCGCUACCACGAUCAGCUCUUGAUAGACUGCCUCACCAGUUCGUGGCUUUGUGCGAGAAGCAAUGUAUUGAGCAUGCCCUAGCCAUCGUGGAAAUAUUCAGGCUUACCAUAUCACUCGAUGGAGGGCUUCCAGUAACUGACCUUGACUUGUCCGCAUGUGCUUACCAAUGCGCAAGGAUGCUUUACUUCGCUCAUCAUCUGAACUCUAGCGAGUUUCAGCUGACUGCUGACCAAGUACAUGACCAUGCACAGAAGUGCCUACAGAUCACACGGCACAUGAUGCAUAUACCGGCAGGUCAUGCUAUUCACGCCGAUCUUGAAAAGCUUGUCUCGCGCGGAUUAUCUGCCAGUACAACACCUAGCCAUCCGGGCAGUCCUGACAACACAAGAAACCCACCCAGACAGAUUCUAUCUCGACACAAUCCUGUAAAUCAAAUGAACAUCAUUGAUCAUAGCGAAAUCCCGCCGGCACAGUCACCAUCGAUACCCCUCUUAUCGCCACUCAAUCAUAGUAAUAUUAGUGGUGGCUCUGAUCAUCAUACUCCUGUGUCUCAGGUUACCCCCGGAAAUCGCCAAGUGGUUUUCGGAGAGGUGCCACCCUAUAUCAACGAAAUGAAUCUACCAAAGCCUAAUUUACCGCCCGUUGACCCGCCAGAAGGAUUGGACAACAACAACGCGUUUGAAGGUGCGAUGGAUGGAUUCGACUUCAAUUUCGAAUCUUUCGGCAAUACGGGUCUUGAAUCAGUCUCUUGGUUCUCUCAGGACUGGCUAAACCAGCCGGAACUUCAAACAGUAGGAAUCCCGUUUCAGACCUGA